AUGACCGUGGUCAAUUGUGGUGAGGACGAUAAAUCCGGUGCUGGGACAUUGGUGGUGACAGUUCCAGUGGUAGUAGUGACAAUCGCAGCUUUAUACGAAACCACAGCUGCAAAACGUCCCACAGCUCCAAAACACUCCAAGCAGAUCAAGUUACAACGGCCAACGAUACAGGACGCCAAGCUCAUGGAGAAAAACGAUGCUAUGGCGAACCAGUUCUUUAAGUACAAUACUUUUAGGCUGGAGUCUCUGGGUGACAACAUCAGUGCAACGUCGUGGAUAUCGAACGCAGAGAAAUCAAAUCAAGAAGCUCAGCAAUGCUAG